CAAACAACUUGUUGAUUUUUUUAUUUUUUGUUUCACUUAAGUUUUGCACUUUGAUCUUAGAUAAAAAAGAAUCAAUGUACAUUAAUACUUAGUAUAGUAGCUCAUUUGUGGGAUAGUAUCUACCGUUCAAGAUGACUACAGCUUUAAAACGUUUAACGGGAAGAAUCGCCAUUGUAACAGCCUCUACAGAAGGAAUAGGUUUUGCAAUAGCUGAAAGAUUAGCUAAAGAAGGUGCCAAAGUAAUUAUUAGUAGUCGAAAACAAAAAAAUGUUGAGGAAGCUACUAAAAAACUUUUAGAUCAAGGUCUUGAUGUUAGAGGUUUAACAUGCCAUGUUGCUAAGUCAGAUGAUCGAAAGAAAUUAUUUGAAGAAGCUAAAAAAAUAGGUGGUCUUGAUAUUUUGGUUUCUAAUGCAGCCGUGAGCCCCACAGUUGGUGGUGUUUUAGAUUGUUCUGAAGAAUCAUGGGAUAAAAUAUUUGACAUAAAUGUUAAGUCUUCCUUUCUUCUAGCCAAAGAAGCCAUUCCACUUCUUAGGUCUAGUAAAGCAGGAAGGCUUAUUUUUAUUUCUUCAAUUGCUGGCUUUCAACCAUCAGAGUUUUUAGGUGCUUAUGCAGUAAGCAAAACAGCUUUAUUAGGACUUGUCAAAGCUGCAUCUCUACAAUUAGCUCAUGAUAAUAUCACUGUUAAUUCUAUAUGUCCUGGAUUAAUUCGUACAAAAUUUUCUGACCCAAUUACAUCAAAUGAUGAAAUAUUGAAAACUGCUGUGCCUGGUAUUGCUUUGAAAAGGCUUGGUGAGCCACAUGAUGUAAGUGGUGCUGCUGCAUUUUUAGCAUCUGAUGAUGGUUCAUAUGUGACUGGUGAAAACAUUAUUGUAUCAGGUGGAAUGGCUUCCAGAUUGUAAAAUAUAUGGGGAUUUUUGGUAAUAAAGGGUGCUGUAAUAUAGGUGCAAUUUGUAUUUUAUAAGUAAAAACCAUUAAAUUGUUACAAGGAUUAUUUUUAUUUACAAAAAUAUAUUAACUUAAAAAACAUACUGUUUGCACAAAGCUCUCAAAAAAGUACUCUUUCGCAAAUUACUGGCCUCUCUCUGUAUCUCUUCAUUAUUGCUAGAAUUCAACUCCAACAUUCCAAUGACCUGAAUAGCGCACUUUCGCCUUUGAAAUUCUCCUUUUUUAUUAUGCAUAUGUAUCAGGUACUCCAAAAUGCUUGUAUCCCAGAAACAAUGAUAGUAAGCAUCUACAGCAUCAUUACAGGUUUUUUGUUCAGACAGAAUUCGAAAAGCUAACAUAUAGUCAGUUUCUUCUAGAAAUUGACACAGCACAGCUGCUUGAGUAUUGCAUCCUAGGGUAGUACAGCAUUUUAUCAUUCUUCUAAAAACGUGAUCGUCAUUUCGAAUUGGGAUGUUGAAAUAGUCAUGAGAUACUAGUAAUGAUUUUAAAUAGUCACUCAAGGAGACUUGGUAGUGACCAUU